AACUCCAAAAGUUGUUUUGACAUCCGUGGAAAUUUUCAACAACCUUCCGUCUAUGAGAAAAAGUAAAACUUUUAGCUGUAAAUUUGUAUUUUGGGAAAUGGUGUGAUAAAGUUUAAUAAAUAUAAAACCCGUGUAAUAUUUGAGUCGUUCUAAUCGAACAAUUUUAGUGGUUUCAACGUUUUUCAUGCAAUUGCGUUUAGGCGCUUGCUACCCGUGUGAAAUGGCGUUGAAUAUUUUUGGUGUUUGCAAAUUAAUUUAUAUAUAAUUAAUAUUCAUAUUCAUAUGCCUACAAAAUGUUAAAUAUAAGAAUUGAAGUAUUUGUUCGCGUUCGUACAAUAACAGCCAUAGCUUUUUUGCUCUGCGUUUGUACAAACCAACGUUGGGAGACGCAGGCGGAUCGUAUCUCGCUAUUACCUGCAGCGCCGCAUUUACAGCAUCAUGCACCAUGCGAUCGAAGUCGUAAGGUUUUUACCGAACCUUACGGAGAAAUAAGUGAUGGUCCUGCUGGUUUUAAUUACACGCAGGAUUCGCACUGUGAGUGGUUGAUAAAAGCUCGCAAUGAUAGCCAGUUUAUCACGCUCACCUUUCAUAGCAUGGGAACAGAGUGCUCGUAUGACUAUAUAUAUGUAUAUGAUGGAGACUCAUUUAAUUCAACGCUGCUAGGCAGCUUUAGUGGGCGUACACAACCACAACGGCUGGUUGCAAGGAGUGGGAGCAUGCUGAUACUAAUGUACAGCGACACAAAUUAUGUGCUCGAUGGCUUUCGAGCUUCCUAUUACAUAUCGAAUUGUUUGAAUAAUUGCCAUGAUCACGGGAAAUGCGUUGGUCAUCAGUGUGUCUGCCAUGGUGAAUGGGUGUUGCCCGACUGCGAGGACGAGGCUUGCCCUAAUAAGUGCGGUGAGUCGCAAGGGCGCGGUAAAUGUGUGAAAGGCCUUUGUCAUUGUGAGAAGGGAUUCAGUGGCCGCUUGUGUGAUUUGUAUAUAAAUCCGCCAGGCGGCAAUUGGCGAUGGCUUGCCACAGAUGCAGAGGGUAUGACUCCACGCGCUGCACACACUGCCAUUUACCUCGAAGAGCAAGAUGCGCUUUACGUAUUUGGAGGAUAUGACUUAAAUAAUGUUAUCAAUUCAUUACAGAUUUACCGCUUCAGCAGCAGCCAAUGGGUAGACGAGUGGGGUCUACUGUUACAAGAUCACAAUUAUUCACAGAAAAUAAACGCCACUCUCCUUAAGGCGGUUUUACAACAUAAAAAUGAAGAUGAAGCAAAGCUUUGGGGACUGAAUAGUGAUGUAUCGUUUUUCCGAAAUAUUUUAUAUACACUUGCAGAAUCGAAUUUGCACCAAAGACGUACACGAUCUUCACAGCUGAUUUCGGACGUUAGUGCCAAUACUACCAAUGACCAAAUUCCAGAGUAUUUCGAUGAUAUUUUAGAAGAGGUCACAGAUAAUAAGCCCGAAGGUCGUUAUGCACAUGCAGCAGAUCGUGUGCCGGGUGGUUUCGUGAUAUAUGGCGGCAAGAAUGCAAAUGGAAGUUUUUUCAACGAUUUGUGGUUUUAUAAUAGCACCGAAAGUGGUGGUAAGUGGAAGCAGUGGGCACGAAAGUCAAAGUUGAAGCCACCAAAAAUUGCGCGCCAUACAAUCACACUGGCUGGCGAAUACCUGUAUUUGUUCGGUGGAAGUUUGGAAACAGGGGACUUUUCAUCGAAAAUAUAUCGAAUACACCUGCCAAUUUAUAAGAAAAACAAAUAUUCUCUUAACGAGAAUGGUUCCUCUAAUGCAAAAGCUGCUAAUGAAGAUGGUACAUACAAUGGCACAGAUGAAGAUGAUGAUGAUGGUCAAUGGGAAUUCGUGCAUCCUCGCGGUGGUAAAUCGUUGGAUGUGCGCCUGGCUGCUCACAGCACGGUUUACUAUAGCGCAACAAAUUCCCUAAUUGUUUUCGGUGGUAUAAUGUCAAGUUUGGCUCGUUUCUCCAAGCUUUCCGACCGCAUUUUCGCAUUCCAAUUGGACAAAUUGCAUUGGACCGAAAUACUGUAUCCACGCACUGCCUUACGCGACACAAACAUUCCACAUGAACGCGCUUUCCAUUCCGCUACCAUUUCCGGCAAUUAUAUGAUAGUUUUCGGUGGUUACACGCAUCGUCACAAUAAAGAUGAAAUCUGCUAUGACAAUCAAAUGUACUGGUACCACCUCAGUUGUCACAUUUGGAUCAAUCAAGUAGUUUCGGCUGAUGAAAAUUUGUAUCCAAAAAAACAAGGUGUAUUUGCACAUGCUGCUACAUUGAGGCGAAAUAAUACAUUGCUGAUCGUAGGAGGUUAUCAUGGGAAUGUUAACUCCGACCUCUUCGCUUAUGAACUGCCACAAGUAUUACGUGUACAAAAUCAUGGUUAUAAUCCUGAAAUGUCAUGCCGUUUCCAUACUUCCCACACAGCGUGCUUGUCGAAUCCUGAAUGCGGUUGGUGUUCAGCUGACAGCAGCUGUUAUGGACGUACAAUUGGUGCUAAUUGUACCACAAACUUACAGACUACUCGUUGUCCCGGUAUAUGCCCAUCUCUAGGAGAUUGUCAUUCUUGUCUGGUACAUGGAACACAGUGGCAUGCCGACACAGAUCACUACUUCUCCGUGGCCAGCAAACUGGGACUGAACGAAUGCACUUGGUGCGUACAGAAUGCGAAAUGUCAUCAUCGUGAUGAUAAUUACGGUAUUUGCGGGGAAGAUACACCGUCACACAGUCCGGGCUGGUGGGGUGAAAAGGGUACCGAGAUACGUCACCCAUCACAAUGUACCAGUAAUGACAAACGACCUGGUCUUACGUACAUUAAAUACCAUCACCCUGUCAAUCUAACAAUGCCUGACUAUGUGGCUAUAGUAAAUGCGACUAUGGUAGACUUUGGCUCGCCUCCGCCUGCAACGCAAUACGAACAGAAGUUGGAGGGAGAAAUGUUGGCACGAUUACUGGGUUUUGUAAGGCCACAAAAAACUUGGGAAGAACCUUCCGAGAUUCAGGUCUGCACUAGCUAUUCUACAGCAGUUUUACGUGCAGGUUUAAGCAAAAACUUAGAAUCACUCAAGGAAUUGACUAAUCGUUCUACAAAUCAAACUUACUGCGGUCCCGUCGAAAUACCCAGCACAGACCAGCCAUUUCUUAUAGAUUUCCAGGCUCGUCGUCGUGUUGGUCUUUCCACUUUGUACAAUGCUUACCAAAAAACGAAAAUGGAAUUGCAGCACAUUUAUCAUGGCAAUCUAAAUGCUUUCACCUUCGAAUAUCUCGAGCCUUAUUAUUCUGGCAAUUGUUCACAUUACACCAAUUGUUUACAUUGUCUUACUGAUUCGUCGUGUGGCUGGUGCGGCUUGACCUCAAAGUGUGUCGACAAAUCUAUAAACGAAACUGAAAUCUGCACGCUAGCUGAUACUUCGUCGUCAGAUGCCAAAGCCGACUAUUGGGAGUAUCUUAUAACACAACCUUUUCAAUGCGCCAACUGUUCCAAUUAUGUGUCCUGCGAUGAAUGCGUUACGACAGGCUUAUGCGAAUGGUGGACAGAGGAAGCGCGCUGUGCACGCUUUGGCAAAUCGGGGCAUGGCGUUCGUAACAUAUCGAGUUGUCCAAUUCCAUGCCGCUUGCGCUCAUCGUGUGACCAGUGUUUGAAUGAUCGUGGGCGCUGUGUGUGGUGCGAGGCAAGCGCGCAGUGUUUUAGUUUUGCCGUUUACACAAGUGAAUAUCAGUUCGGCAUGUGUCGUGAGUGGUUAGACCAAAUAGUUUCAAAUGACUCUCAGCGUGUUACGGAUUAUGGACUUACCGGCCGUGGCGGUACUGUAACCACAAUUCAGCAGCAACCGAAUUUUCCACAGAAACAACCCGCGACACAAUGUAAAUCCUGUGCUUUAUAUAACAACUGCUCAUCCUGCUUGCGCACGCUCAGCUGCGGCUGGUGCUUUGACCGCGACAACCCCAUCGAAGGUGUCUGCAUGCAAGGCGACUUCAGCCGGCCUUUCGGAAACUGUUCUCUAGCGUUAAACAGCCCGACACUCCAUGAUGCGGAAUGGGCAUACGCGCAGUGCCCGGACGUCGAUGAAUGCGGUUUGGGACUACAUGAUUGCCACAAAGAGGCCAAAUGUACAAACACUCAUGGCUCAUAUAAUUGCCACUGUCGGCGCGGUUAUAUUGGAGAUGGACGGCUGUCCUGUGUGCGAACUUGCUACGAGAACUGCGUAAAUGGCUACUGCUCAGGCCCACCAGAUUAUGUAUGCAAAUGCGAACUGGGCUGGACCGGAACUGACUGCUCGAUCAAUUGCGGCUGCAACAAUCAUUCGACUUGUGUAGAGCGUGUCGGAAAGUGCGACCAAUGCCAGGCAUGGACGGAAGGUGAACGCUGUGAGCGUUGCCGACAGGGUAGCUAUGGCAACGCAACAUCGGCCGAUGGCUGCCAUCCUUGUGAAUGUAAUGGUCACGGUAAUCAGGAUCUUGGAAUUUGUAAUGUAGGCAACGGUGAAUGCUAUUGCAAGGAUAACACUGUGGGUUUAAAGUGUGAUCAAUGUGCCAACGGUUAUUAUGGUGAUCCAAGGGAUGGUGGGCAAUGCUACUUCCAGUGUGAAUCACGUGGAAUGCUGACCAAUAUUGGACGCAGUGGCAUCGGGUCAUAUCAGUCGUAUAAAAAUCCAUGGGGUGCCAGUUUAGAAGUGCGUGAAUGCUUAUGGAUACUUUCACCGAAAACUUUACAAGCCGAAAAGUCGCUACUGCAAUUGGAGUUUGAAUGGCCUAGUCUAGCAAUGGACUGCGAUGAAAAUGCGGUUUAUAUAUACGACAGUUUGCCCGAUUUGACAGGCGCUACGCAGCAGAAUCAACUAAUAUCUGUUGUAUGUUCGCCAUAUACCGCUACUCAUAUUGUUGAAGCGCGCUCUAGUCAUGUUACAGUUUAUUAUAAACAAGGUGGUGAUCGUCAGAAAUUCGGCUUCAAUGCGCUUUACACAGUGAAAAAUUGUGCUGCACGGACCUGCCUACAUCCGCAUAUUUGUGAUGAGCAACAGCGCUGCGUUUGUCCUGCUGGUUAUGUUGGUGCGCGUUGUGAAAUAGAAAUAUGUCCAAAGAACUGCAAUGCCAAGCGCAUGCAAGGUUACUGCGAUACCGAUUAUGGGCGCUGUAUUUGCAAUAGCAGCUACGCAGGACCCGAUUGUGGAACGCUGGUCAAACCAAAUCAUCUGGUUGUCACAGAUCUUUUUAACACGUUGUUGCUGAGCGAUACAUAUGAACAUUUACGCAAGACUAUUCCGCGCUUUGGGCACUCAGUAAAUGCGGAUCGACGUGGUUCACUAUGGAUGUUUGGUGGUUAUUCACCAUCUCAUGGUCCACUCAAUGAUUUUCGACAGUUCGAUGCGAAGAAUGGCACAUGGAUGCAGGUUACUGUCGAAUCGACUCCGGACGAUAAAAUGCCACUGGGCCGUUAUUUUCAUGCCUCAGAAAUCUAUUUAAAAAAGCAGAUUAUUUUCAUUUAUGGCGGCAUUAGCAUACGAGGCGAGCAAGAAGAGCGCACUUCGCAGCUGAUACUAGACGACUUCUGGCAAUUUUCUAUACAAAAUCAACGUUGGAGUGAAAUUGAGUUGUUACAGCGUCGAGAAAAACCGCCUGCGUUGGCGGGUCAUACACUGACACAGAUACGGUACAAUGAGCGAGAGUCACUAAUACUGAUUGGCGGAAUGACAAGAAAUAAGUCGCGCCAGUUGGAGUUAUGGGAAUUCAAUUUGGAGACAUUCCGUUGGGAACAACUACUGGCAUUGGGAGUGCGAAUGCCUGUUCUCUAUGGCCACAGCACAGUUUACAAUGCAGACUCGCAUAUACUAUAUGUUUUCGGUGGUUACUCAGUUGACCCACAGAAUAAAUUGUACGCACUCAACCUUCAGAAGAUGACUUGGACUGAAUUACCCACAUUCAAAGAUUUGACACGUCCAGAGGUGGUGCUACCACGAUCGCGUUACUUGCAUUCGGCUGCCACUACCGAAAGGUACAUGGUCGUAUAUGGUGGACGGACUCACCCUUAUGACGCCAGUGAUGUACUUAUUGCGUACAUAUACGACUGUAAUCAGUGGAUUCGGCUAACGGAGGAUGUACAUGUCGUGGGCAGGCUGCCGCAUUCGACGUAUGCAGAGGCAAUCUCCAUCGAUCAUGAUAGCAAGGCUAUAUAUGUAAUUGGGGGUUGGGAUGGUAGCGCCGCACAAAGUCAUGUGACGCGUAUAAAUUUGCCUGACGAUAUUUGUCAGCUGUGGAGUGCCAGCAAGUAUUUGUGCCGUCACCACAAAGGCUGUAGCUUUUGCACGGUGACAGGAACCUAUAGCUCUGCUUCCUACUGCUUCUCCGAGGGCGACUCAGGUGUCUGUGAACACCACAAUGGUACACUAAUUUAUAACAAUGGUGCUGCAUGUGACGACGCAUGGAUUGCGCGCCGCAACUGUUCCACAUUCUCUACAUGCAGUGCCUGUCUUGCCUCCUGGCCAACACACUUUGAAACGGCACCAGUGUGCCAGUGGUGCGACGAGUGUGGCAUAAAGGGACGUUGCGUGCCGGCGGGAGUUGACUGUGAACGCCAUAGUACUUGGUGCAAUAAAGAAAUUAGUGUCGGCUUGCUGAACCUCUGUCCUCAGCCACAAUGUCACACGCUACACUGUGAAACGUGUGUGAUGAAUGAGAAUUGUGAGUGGGCGCAGAGCGAAUUGGGUACAAUCGAAUGUAUUACUAAAGAGCUUGUGGAACAGAAUCAAUAUCGCAUUAUCGGUCAGUGUCCGAUGCCUUGUCACAUCUACAAAAACUGUAGUACCUGUCUGAACAACGACGAUGAAAAUCCUAAAGACUGUAAAUGGUCUACGAUGUUGAACAGCUGUAUUUCACCACAAUCACAGCCGCUUCUAUGCGCUGGUGGGGUUUGUGGCCUAGUGUUGGAGACGAAUGAGACUUCGCAUUGUCCGGAACCGUGCCAUGUAUACGAUCACUGCUCAACGUGUCUGGAACACGCGCACUGUGGUUGGUGUGCGCGAGAUGGUUACAAUGGCGAUGGUGUCUGCACAGAAGGUUCGCUCGAAAAUAAACAGGAGUAUCCUUCCGGUUCUACUUGUGAUCUUAUUUAUAUUUCGCGACGUAAUGAUUCGCUACUUACGCCUGCUGAUGUGGUUUCAUGGCACUACGUAAAAUGUCCUGCAGAGAAUGAAUGUAAAAAUGGUCAUCACAACUGUAAUCCCAUAUCGGAGCGUUGCAUAGAUACGGACGUAGGUUACACCUGCCAAUGUGGCGAAGGGUAUCGCGAUGAGAACGGGACUUGUCUGCCAGUUUGCAGUCAGGGCUGUGUGCGCGGAAAAUGCAUCAAACCGGAUAAUUGCACAUGUGACUUUGGAUAUGUUGGUGCCAACUGUAGCAUUCAAUGUUUGUGUAACGGCCAUUCCAACUGCGAAGGUCCUGAUCGUCUCGAUGUGUGUCUCGAAUGUCACAACAAUACCAAGGGUGAUCAAUGCGACAAAUGUAAACCACUGUUUGUCGGUAAUCCAAAGGAGGGGCACGAAUGUGUGCCAUGCUUAGAGUACUGUAACGGUCAUACAGAUAUUUGUUUGGCAAAUGAUUCCGAUGCAUCUUUCUUUAAUAUGACGCACUCUGAGCUGGAGGAAGUGUUGCUCGAAGGGCCUGAGAAUAAUGCCACAUGCUUACGUUGUGCGAAUAGCACCGCUGGCGAUCGUUGUGACACGUGUAUUGUUGGCUAUUUUCGAGGUAGUGAGGAUCAUCAUAGAGCUUGUCGGCCAUGUCAGUGCCAUGGACAUGGGAACAUCUGCGACCCAGUCACAGGAGAGAAGUGCAAUUGCGGUAAUAACACGGAGAGCGAUGCUACAUGUACGGCGGGUGGUGGGAAAAAUUCGGCGCAACUCUGUUGGAGUGUGCAGUGUUCGAAGUGUCGAGACUCAUACGCGGGCAAUCCGAUUGAUGGGCAUCAGUGUUACAAGCAGAUAACAGUAGAAUCACGCAUGUGCUUCGAUGCCAAGCCAAUUGAGGAGUGCAAAUCGAAACCAGCCGCGCUUCGACCAGGCCAAACAGUUUUCUUUGUUAUUCAACCACGUUUCAUGAAUGUCGACAUACGCAUCAUAAUCGAUGUCACCCAGGGCGAAUUGGACGUGUUUAUGUCCCCACAAGAUGACUCUUUCAUUGUGGAUACCAACGAUACGACGGGCUUCCAUGAGAUCUUCCUAGAUAAUCGCUACAAUUGGGUGCCAAAAACGAGGCGUAACCAUCCAUUACAUAUAGCAAUGCCGCGCACCGACAAUAUAACUGCUAGCAAAUUGGUAAUGCAUGAUAAACGCAAUAACUUCUACGGGCCACACAUUCAAGACUGCAAAGGCCACGGUGGACAUAGCUUCUUCGUAAAGGACAAACAUGCCAAGGACUUGAGCACACAUGUCACCCUGACUCAGUGCAAUACACUGUUACGUCUUUUCGGCCUCAAGAAUCGUUUGGUGCUAACAUUGCCACAGAACGCCCAUAAUUUAAGUGCCACGCGUUUCUUUAUCGCCUUACGUGCUGGUGCUGGUCCAGAACCUAGCUAUGGUUCUGUAGUUUUCCGUCAAGAUCAGCUACAUAUCGACUUGUUUGUUUUUUUCUCCGUCUUCUUUUCGUGUUUCUUCCUCUUUUUGGCAGUAUGCGUUGUUGUGUGGAAGGUGAAGCAAGCGGCCGACUUGCGACGUGCCCGUCGUCAACACGUCGUUGAAAUGUUGCACUUAGCAAAGCGGCCGUUUGCGCGCGUCUUCCUCACAGCAGGCGCUUUAGAUAUGGAAAGUCCACAACCAGCACCAUCAUCAGCGCGUUCAAUGCGCAGCAUAACUGCCGCUGCGCGUUCGCGCCAUGUGGCUAGUGCGCAUGCCUCCGAAAUAUUGCUGAUCGCUAUUGAGCCAACUGCAGAUAAUUUGGCGGCGGUGGGUACGGUCUUUAUUAGUCUGCCAGGACGUCAUAAAGCGCCGCUAAGUCUUGCAUUAGGUUCGGCGUUAAUCACAUAUCCCAGACAAUUUCCGUUGAAUGCGCGAAACUUUAUGAGAGCGCAACGCGGUGGUGGUGCUGCGUUUGUGACUGGCGGCGGAGCGGGUGUUGGAGGCAAUCUAGUGGCAGCGUAAGUAUUAGGCCCAGCUCUUCCUCAUAUUUGCGGUGUGCGUCGUGCUGUUGUUCCCCAAAUGAAAGGAUAUAUCGUUUUAAGCCGAUUCCGAACGGCAAAUGGUUUUUAUGAGGAGCUUUUUCGUUGCAGAAAUACAUUUAGAGGUUUGUCAUUGCCCGCCGAGGGGCGACCGCUUUUAAAAAAACUUUUCAUUUUUGCUCCAUGUUCGGAGAUCCGCACCCCCCGAAUGGUAGUCACGCUCCAAUCCAUUCGGCUACGGUGGCCGCAUACAUAGGAAUUAGCUUAAAUUUAUAUGAAAUUGCUUAACUUAAGUAGGUUUUUUCGGAUUUCAAAUAAUUUAAGUUCUAAUUAUUACGUAUUAAUUUUAUUUUUUAUUUAAUUUAUUUCUUUGUUUUGAUUUUUAAUUUAUGUCAAAUGUAUGGUAUUCAUAUAAUAUACAUUUUUUAAUGUAUGCAGCUAAAGUUUUUUUAAUAGAUUAUUAAAAAGCUUGAAGUGCUAAUUUAAAAUAUUUUUUUACUUCAUUUUAUUAAGCAUUAAAUGGACUCCUUUGAUUUAGAAUCCUUUACUUUUUUUCUUUAAUAUAAAUUUUUUUUGUUUCAUUUAUUUUAUAUUUAAUUGUUUAUUAUUUUAUUAUGCAUUAUUCUACUUAAUUUUAUUAUGUUUUAUUUUAUUAUUUUAAUUUCAUUUAAAGUUUUUAGCAUACAGCAUCUGUAAUACGCUAAAAGCAAAUGUUGUUGCUCGUCACUUUUGCUAAUUGCCGAGUUUAAAGCAUUAAAAAUCGUAUCGCGCAAAAAGUUAAGCAUUGUAUUCAUAUAAAAAAGCAUGGAUCAAACUUACAGCAUCUCGAAUCGUUAGGUUACUUUUUUUGUUGAUUUUUAGAUAGAGAAAAUAUGGAAAACUUAUUGAAUCCAAAAAUCGAAUUACUGAAGAAUUCUGCAUUUUAUGAUCAGUGUAAUUUACUAAAAUUUUAUAUCAAAUAAUAUCUAAGUAUAGUAAGAUUUUCGUAAAAGAGUUUACUGAAUCAACAACAAAAUGAUAAGAAGGAACCCAUUAAAAGACAAAUCUAUGUAUACGUAGCUUAAUCUAAUGAUUUGAAAACUAAAAAGUAAUUGUAUAUACAUAAUCCUUAGUAAAUAAUUGGUUGAGGUUAUUUAAUAAAAUUACGAAAACAAUCAAAGAGGUAUGCAGCCAUAAAAUAUUUUAGAUUAAAACAUACAUACAAAUACAAAGCAUGAGAUCAAUGUCUUGCUAAAAAAAUAUAAAUCAAUAUGAAAACUUAUAAUUGGCUAAUAUUGUAUUAGAAGCGCACAGUUCUUAAGCAUAAGGGUGAAAUGGUAAAAAUUUGUGAACGCGGUCAAUUGUUUAAAAUAUUAUUAAAAAAAUUAAGACAUGAAAAAAUUUCCAGUGAGGCCCACUUUUUUAUCACACUUGCUACGUACAACAGUCAUACGGACAAGAAAAUUAAGAAUUUCCUAUAUUUGAAAUGCAACUAAAUAUAAUAAUUAUUUAGUGACUGCAAUAUGAAAAUUUGUAUUAUUUUUAUUCACAUACGUAUAUACUUAUGUAUUUUUGUUAUUUAUUUGUAAAUGUAAAAGAUGUUCUUUUUUUAUUAAGUAAUAAGCUUUUAAAAUGUUUGCUCAAAUAUGAUAUGUAUUUUAUGCUCGAAUUGAAAACAGAACUCUCAAAACAAGAAAGUAACAGAAGAAAGCUGAAAUGUAAAUAUUAUAACACUUAUACAUACAAUACAAUUACAUAGCUACCUAUGUAUAUAUUGAUUUAGAAAUGUCGAGUGCGGAUAUUAGAUAAUUAAACAAGUUUUUGUAAAAUAUUAAUAAAUUCAAUUAUUUGCUUGAUUAGAGUGGAAAAGUAAAGAUUUGUUAUACACAUUUUAUUGGACUUUAGUUCAGGUUUUAAUAGAUUUUGAUAAAAUUAAAUUUUUAAUUAUAUUUUGUCUCUUAUUUUUGAUAAGAUUUAUACUAGUUAUUAAAUUGUUAUCAAUAUUUACAAAUAAUCCGCAUGAGAUAUUUUUUACGCUGUGUUUGCUGCGAAUCUAUUAUAUUUUAUCGAAUUAAGCAUCUUAUUUUAGAAAAAGCUGACAAUUUUUAGUAAAAUGGAAAAUUUUAAAUAUUUACGUUCGAAUUCUUUGGCAUAUCUCACUAGUUAGACUUAUCACGAAUACUGCUAAACGCAAGCUAUACAAAUUUUUGUUACACCUUAUCUAAAUUUACUUAGUUUGAAUAAACACACCUGUUUUGUUCUAUAAAUAGUUAUAGGUAUCUCAAAUGGUUUGUAAACUUUUCUAGAUGUGUAAAUAUAUGUAUAUUUUAGUUUUCUUGUUUUAUUUUUUGGCAAUCCCAUGACAUCUUUAGUCAAAAAUUUUAAAUAUGUAUAUUACUAAAACCAAUGUAAUUCGAUGGUUGUGUUAAAAAUGUUGAAAUAUUUUUUAUUUAUUCAAUUUUACUGCACUGUAUUUUAUUUGAUGUUAUUUAAAUAAGAUGUGGAAUAAAUAUUCGACGGCAAUUGCGCCAUUAGGGAUUUAGUAAAUUCAAUAUUUAAUGUAUAUGUGCAUGAAUCUAUCAUGAAAAAAAAAUCGAACAAUUCAAACAAUAACUGAAAUUGAAAGAACUAGAAGUAAAUAGUACUUUAGUACUGCCCGUGAAAGAAUACACUCGAUAAUACAUAGCUACAGUUAUCCAGUGUUUUGAUACAAUAUAUCGAAAAUAUUACACAAUAAUAUGCCAUAGAUGAAUUGUAAUAAGUAAAAAAAUCAAAUAAAAAUAGUAAACUAUUAGAAAAAUAAAUGUAAUCGAACUGUUAUACAUAUACAAAAAACAAACGCUGAUCUACGUAUUUAAAAGUUCCCCCGAGGAAAACUUGAAUUAUUUGCAAAUUUUUUUAGAAAGUUAUGGUGAGGUCGAUUUCUAAUCAUCUUAUUUAAGCGUCCCAUUUAGUAUAAUUACGUUUAUCUAUGACUUCAAGCGUCGAGGGAGAAUAGUCUAAAACUAUCUGGUGAUUUUUUUUAGCUGCACGAGAACUAUCGAUAUCGAUAACUAUGGAUUGGCAGCUGAGAAUAGCGAACUGUGUUGACACUUCUGUGCAGCAAGGUUUGACAAGUCAUUUGCAAAUUGUGGAAAUGUAUUUGGAAAAAAAUCUGAUCGCGAAAUUUAUAGAGCAUUAGCGAAAGGAGAUGCCAUUACGGUGAAUGGCGAGCGAUAUCGUCAAAAAUUAAUGAGCUCAACACCGACGACAUUUGACGGCGCAACUUGCCAUACACCCCACUUAACAACCGAUUUAUUGCAAUAUUCAAGCAACCAUUGGCGCCAUACGGACAGAUCCAAAAAAAUCAUUCCAACAAUAGUUCUGUUUUGUAUUACUAUAAGAUCAAUGUUGAGAUUUGGAGCGGACGCUUGGGCAUCGAGAGUAACUCUUCCGACAGUGUGGGCAGUGCUAACUAAGCUUCAGUGCUUAGCAUGCGUGUGCAUCACGGGCGCGAAGCGGACCUGCCCUACAGUUGCAACGGAAGUGAUGCUCCAGCUGACACCGCUUCAUAUAGUCAGUCAGCAAUCAGCCAAGCGCACCCUGCUGAACAUUACCAGGGCUUUCCCUUUCGGAAGAGGCAAAGUGAUGUCAUCUAAAAACAAGGAAGUGCUAAAGCUGCAGCUCCCUCUCACCCAGCUACCCAGAGAUGAUAUCACUAAGGUGAUCGAAUUCGAAGCGCGGAGAAGUUUGAGACGUCUUCGCUAAUUGCAGGCAGAGAACUGGGCUUGGAUGAAGUGCUGUGAUGACCAGAGGCCACAAAAAACUAUAUGGUCGAACCUCAUAUAGUAUAUCUAUAGUCCAUCUAUCUAUUGCAAUUGUAGGUUCUCAAAAACACCCGAUAAAAACAAUUUUUUCAAAUCGAAACAAAUUAUUUCAGUUCUCAGCCAUAGCCAACGUCAAAAAACAUAUCGUUCAUGUGCUUUAAUCGAAAAAAAUGUUAAGAUGACGAAACUAUCACAAGACCCGCUUUUUUCGGCUGUGUUGAUUUUUACAUUUUUUACUUGGCUAGAUGACAAUGGCAUUAGAUGAAAACAUGGCUUUACUGUUUCCUAGUAGCAACAAAAUAUUUAUAUGAAUCUAUAUAUAUUCGUAUUUUAAAUUCAUAAAAAAAGUUCAUAAUCGAACUGAAAAGUUUUCGUUUUCUCUGAAUUUGUGUCUGUUUUUUCUUUAUACAGAGUGCCAAUAAUGCACUAAGCACUUGCCAUGAUAGAGUUCUAAAUGUGGAUAAGUUUAUUUGGCUGAAUGCUCCGCAUGUAAUUAUAACAGAUUAUUUUCACAUACCCGCCAUACCGCCUUCCCUGGUUCCUCUUCUGACAAUCCAUCGCCAACAGCACUAUAAAUGAGUAAGUUUUUUGGCUGGAUAAGCAUAUAUGUAUGUUCUUAGCCCCGGAUAAGCAUUCGCACCAAAUAAAAAUAAACAAACUUUGUUAGUGACCGAACUGUCCAUUGUCCUCCAGAUCAAUGAGUAUUUCGUUAGUAUUAAACUUCUCCCUUUCUUGAGUGGCACUGUAACCUCCUAAGCGAUUUCGGACAAAUCAUAUUUAUAUUAACUAGCUAAAUGGAUGACUUGACCUAACAAGUGAAGUCGUUGCGUUUUCCCUUGUUUCAGGGCCCCAUGGUUUGAACCCUUCAUUGCGGAUUAAUGUUGUCUUAACCAGCCUUAUUUCCAGGUAUAAAAUUAU